UUUGUCGUGAUACUGGCAAGCAAGGUCUAGCCAAAAAAAGUUACUCUUUUGGCCUGGACAAUUUUUUUAAAAAGAUGACGGAUUUAGAUUCGCCCAAAAAAAAUAACGACUGUUAUUUUUAUUAUUAUUCGACAUGUUCUAAGGGAGAUAGUUGUAUAUUUCGCCAUGAACCAUCUGCCUUAGGUUGCGAAACCAUGUGCAGUUUUUGGAAGGAAGGCAAAUGUUUUAACAUCCAAUGUAAUUUCCGACAUAUGGAACUAAGAAAAAACAGAAAAGCUAUACCAUGUUAUUGGGAGAGUCAACCAGGAGGUUGCUUAAAAGGACACUGUUCUUUUUUACAUCAGAAUCCAAGACCUGUUGAUGGUGUUAAUAGAUCAUAUUUAUCUACAGCUGAGUCUGUAGGCAAUUUAAAUAAUAGUGAACGAAACGUAACCGUAGGAGAGGACCUAGUCGUAAAUUUUGAAGAAGAGUCGGAUAAUGAGUCUAUGCCCACAUACUCGCCCGCAAAACACAAGGAACGCAUUUGUACAGUCAAAUCUUUGGAAGAGAUCAGGUUAGAGAAGAUACAAGCAGAAUCGGCUGCUUACUAUUCAUAUUCAGAUGAUUCUUUCCAAUAUGACGGUCAAGCUAAUAUGAUCAGAGAAAGGAUAUUUUCGAGAAUGCAAAAUAAACUACCAACAGAAAGGACAGUUCUACACAAAAGGCAAAGUGACAGCCAAUUUGUCUCUACACUACAGAAGAAACGAAGACUCGUUUUUCACAAUGAAGAUGGAAAUCUUGAGAUUAGAAUAAAUAAAGGAAGAGAUAGGCUUAUGCCGAAAGCAAAUUCGGGACUUAAAUUGGAAAGAACAAUUGAAAAUAAUGUAUAUCGACGAGAAAACCGUGCAAGAUCUCUUCCUCUUAACGAAACAAACGUAAGUGAUAUAAAAAUAAAAACUUUGGAUGAAAUACGAAGAGAACGAAAGACUAAAGAAGAAACAGUUAUAACGACAAAUGAUGAACAAGAAGUAACUAGUACAUGUAUGGAUGUUGAUUGUAAAAGUUUAGAGAAAACGUCUCUCCCGGAGAGUACUGAUAAGAAGAUUGUUCUUAAGAGAUUUCCAGUGAUAGAUACACCUCAUGAUGUAGUUUUAAGUGAUAGUAAUAAGUCUACAACGAAUCAUUUUGUUCCUAGUAAUGUAAGUAGAUUAAGUGAAUCGCAAGUUACCCAAGAUAAAGAUGAAACGGAAAGUGCAAGUAGCAAACUGGAGGAAACACUUUUACUAGAAGAGGAUGAUCUUGACGUUGAUACAGUCAUGUUAAAACCAGAAGAAGAAUUACUCAAUGAAGUAGAUGAAGAUUGGGAAGAUUAACUCGCGUUGUUAAAGUAUCUAAACGUUGUUAAAUUUAUGUUAAGCCAAGAAUAAAAUUGUUUCUUUUUGUA